AUGGAAGGUGGAGGUGGUGAUAGUGGUAGAGGGAUGGAGUAUAAGAAAGGGCUGUGGACAGUGGAGGAAGACAGAAUUCUAAUGGACUACAUUAGAGCCCAUGGCAAAGGCCGAUGGAAUCGCGUUUCCAAACUCACUGGAUUGAGAAGGUGUGGGAAGAGUUGCAGGUUAAGGUGGAUGAAUUAUCUGAGCCCCAGCAUCAAGCGAGGUGACUUCUCAGAAGAAGAAGACGACCUCAUCAUUCGCCUACACAAUCUCCUUGGGAACAGGUGGUCUUUAAUUGCGGGGCGUGUUCCUGGUCGAACCGACAACCAAGUCAAGAACCAUUGGAAUACCCAUUUGAGCAAGAGGCUCGGGAUCAACAAAGGAAAGAAGAAAAAUGGAGCUUCAUUGCAAAAACCUCCCGCAAAAAUAGAGGGAAACCCUAAUAAUCCCUUGAAUCCAACUUCUGAGAUUGUUUUGGGCAACACUAUUGCUAGUGAAGGCCAAGGCUCAGAAGAAACCAAAGAUGAGUUGUCUUCACAUGCGGUCGCGUUUGAUAGCACACAAGACUCUAUCAUGAGUUGGGGUCAUUGUGAUAACUCUUUCUCGCUUUUUAAUGAUGAUUUGAAUAUGUGUACACCUUCUUUAAUGGAACUUUUAAAUGAAUCCUCUCUUGAUUUUGUUUGGAAUGAAUUGUAA